CCAGCUCUGGAGUUUCAGACUGGACCGUGAGCCAAGCAGGCACCCACAGCGCAUUGCAGAGUCUUCAGCCCCUGGCCCCAGCCUCUCUCUUGCUGUCCAUCAUCAUGGGGUACAACCUGAGUCCCCAACUCUGCCUGGUAGUCUUGGUCUUGGGUCUCUUGUCCAGAGGUGUGAGCACGACCCCAGUACUUGCAGCCUGGCCCCAGAGCACCUGCUCUCUGGAGGGAGUAGAGAUCAAAGGUGGCUCCUUCCAACUUCUGAAAGAUGGCCAGGCCCUGGAGUACCUGUGUCCCUCUGGCUUCUACCCAUACCCUGUGCAGACCCGCACCUGCAGAUCCACUGGGUCCUGGAGCCCUCUGCAGACCCAAGAUCAAAAGAUCGUCAAGAAGGCAGAAUGCAGAGCUAUUCGCUGCCCUCGGCCACAGGACUUUGAGAAUGGGGCGUACUGGCCGCGAUCUCCCUACUACAACCUGAGUGACCAGAUUUCUUUUUAUUGCUACCAUGGCUACACUCUCCGUGGCUCUGCAAAUCGAACCUGCCAAGUGAAUGGCCGGUGGGAUGGGCAGACGGCGGUCUGUGAUGACGGAGCGGGGUACUGCCCCAACCCGGGCAUCCCCAUUGGCACAAGGAAGGUGGGCAGCCAGUACCGCCUUGAGGACACCGUCACUUACCACUGCAGCCGGGGGCUUAUCCUGCGUGGCUCCCAGCAGCGAAAAUGCCAGGAAGGUGGCUGGUGGAGUGGGACAGAGCCUUCCUGCCAAGACUCCUUCAUGUAUGACACUCCUGAAGAGGUAGCCGAAGCAUUCCUAUCCUCCCUGACGGAGACCAUUGAAGGAGCUGAUGCUGAGGAUGGGCACAGCCCAGGGGAACAGAGGCAGCGGAAGAUUGUCCUGGACCCUUCAGGCUCCAUGAACAUCUACCUGGUGCUGGAUGGAUCAGACAGUAUUGGGGCCAGCAACUUCACAGGGGCCAAGCGGUGUCUCACUAACUUGAUUGAGAAGGUGGCGAGUUAUGGGGUAAGGCCAAGAUACGCUCUAGUGACAUAUGCCACAGUUCCCAAAGUCCUGGUCAGAGUGUCGGAUGCAAAGAGUAGUGAUGCCGACUGGGUCACGCAGCAGCUCAAGCAGAUCAAUUAUGAAGACCACAAGCUGAAGUCAGGGACCAACACCAAGAAGGCUCUGCAGGCAGUGCAUGACAUGAUGGGCUGGGUGGGAGACAACCCCCCAGAAGGCUGGAACCGCACCCGCCACGUCAUCAUCCUCAUGACUGACGGCUUGUACAACAUGGGCGGUGACCCCGUAACUGUCAUGGAGGAGAUCCGGGACUUGCUGGACAUUGGCAGGGAUCGCAAAAACCCACGGGAAGAUUAUUUGGAUGUGUAUGUGUUUGGGGUCGGACCUCUCGUGGACCAAGUGAACAUCAAUGCUUUGGCUUCCAAGAAGGCGAACGAACAGCAUGUGUUCAAGGUCAAGGACAUGGAGAACCUGGAGGAUGUUUUCUUCCAAAUGAUUGAUGAAACCAAAUCUCUGAGUCUGUGUGGCAUGGUCUGGGAACACAGGAAAGGCACCGAUUACCACAAGCAACCGUGGCAGGCCAAGAUCUCAGUCACUCGCCCUCUGAAAGGACAUGAGAACUGCAUGGGGGCCGUGGUGUCUGAGUACUUCGUGCUGACAGCAGCACACUGCUUCACAGUGGAAGACAAGGAACACUCAAUCAAGGUCAGCGUGGGAGGGAAGAGGCGGGACCUGGAGGUAGAAAAGGUCCUAUUUCACCCCAAAUACAACAUCAAUGGGAAAAAGGCAGAAGGAAUUCAUGAGUUUUAUGACUAUGAUGUGGCUUUGGUGAAGCUCAAGGCAAAGCUGAAGUUUGAUCAGACCCUCAGGCCCAUCUGUCUCCCCUGCACGGAGGGAACCACCCGAGCCCUACGGCUCCCUCAGUCCGCCACCUGCCAGCAGCACGAGGAGGAGCUGCUGCCUGUGAAGGACGUCAAGGCACUGUUUGUGUCUGAGGAAGGGAAGAAGCUGACUCGGAAGGAGGUCUACAUCAAGAACGGGGACAAGAAAGGCAGCUGUGAGAGAGAUGCUCUGCAGGCCCCCGGCUAUGACCAAGUCAAGGAUGUCUCUGAGGUGGUCACCCCCAGGUUCCUCUGCACUGGAGGGGUGGAUCCCUACGCCGACCCCAACACUUGCAGAGGUGACUCAGGCGGUCCUCUCAUUGUUCGCAAGAAGAGUCGUUUCAUUCAAGUUGGCGUGAUCAGCUGGGGAGUGGUGGAUGUCUGCAAAGACCAAAGGCGACAGCAGCAGGUGCCCGCCCAUGCUAGGGACUUCCACGUCAGUCUCUUUAAGGUGCUGCCUUGGCUCAGGGACAAACUCCAGGAUGAGGAUCUGGGUUUCCUCUCAGGGCUUCCUGUGGAAGGGCGAGGACAUUAAAGAGCUGCGAUAAUGA